AUGAAAAUACAGCUUUUUUAUAUGAUAUCUUUCUGUUCAAUAGUAUUCGGAAAACAUUUUUAUUGCAAUAAGGAUUCAGCGAUAGCGUCCUUCAAACGACCGACUUACGACUUCUCAGUUCGUAUAUUAGAUCGCGUCUCACAACAGACCGACGGUCAUUUUGUAUUCUCUCCCAUUUCCACGUGGCUGCAACUGAUCACGCUGGCCGAAGGCGCCAUAGGCCCGACGGCCGAAGAAAUCUGGAAUGUGACCCGGUACCACAGAGUGCGUUGCUUUCGUCGCAAAUUCAGAGAAGUCCUCAACAUAAUGAACGAAGAUUUCAGUCCCAUGACGAAGAGAAGUAGCACUUUCGUAAUCAAUAAAUUAGUGGAUGUCAAGAAAACGUUCGCGGACGAAGCGAUGAAAAGUAGAGAUACUACAAUUGUAUCAGUAGAUUUCGACGAUCCAGUAGCAGCCGCUGAAAAAGUGAAUGAGAUUAUCAACAGAAACACGGAUGGGGUUAUCGAUGAGGGAUUCUAUGAAGAUGAUUUUGACCUGACGAUCCUGCUCAUGACCGACACGGCGUACUUCAGAGGGGAUUGGCAGUCUCCAUUCAAUCCAGCGUACACAUCGAACGAGCCCUUUCACUCAGAGACCAAUCAGAGGAUAGGGGAGGUGAGGCUGAUGUCGCAAAUCGGUUACUUUAACGUCACGGAUGUCCCGACCAUUAACGCGACAGUUUUGGAACUUCCGUUCGGGCCCGACGGACGAAUGUCAAUGCUGGUGGUCCUCCCGAAGCGAGGUUCCGUUGAAGAUCUGUACUUCAACUUGCAUGACAUAAGACUGAUGACUAUUUAUAGUCUGUUUCGGCUCAACGGACCAAAACUGGUGUCCGUAAGGUUACCUAGAUUUAAAGUGAGGACGGAAUUGGAAAAUAUACCGGAAUUGGUGUACGAUAUGGGCGUCAAGAGGAUUUUUUAUCCGCACUUGGCCGAUCUGAGUGGGAUAAGCGAGCAUUUGACGCAUGCGUCCUUAAUGACUCAAAUAGCCGAUAUAGAAAUAACAGAAAGGGGCGCGAAUGCCACUGCGGCCCCGGAGUUCUUGAUAUCCGACUCUGCCGCUAACGAAGAAUUCGUAGCGAACAGGCCAUUCGCCCAUUUAAUAGUAGAUAAGAAGACCGAUAUCAUUCUAUUCGCUGGCAUUUAUAGUAAUCCGUCUAUAUAUUAA